CAGGUGCCUGUGCCUGGGACAGUCCUUGCUGAGGUCCCCUUGGCAUCCUUUCUGCCCUCCUUGCAACCUCCAGGAAGUAGCAGGAGGGCAAGAUGGAGACCAGCCUGCGCCAGCGGAGAGAGGAUGAGCAGUCAAUCCAGAGUAAGGAGCCCAAGACCACAAGUCUCCAGAAAGAGGUGGGCCUGCUGAGCGGCAUCUGUAUCAUCGUGGGUACCAUCAUCGGUUCCGGCAUUUUCAUCUCCCCAAAGUCUGUGCUCAGCAACGCGGGAGCCGUAGGACCCUGCCUCAUCGUGUGGGCCACCUGUGGGAUCCUCGCGACACUGGGUGCUCUGUGCUUUGCAGAGCUUGGCACGACCAUCACCAAGUCGGGGGGCGAGUACCCUUACCUGAUGGAGGCCUUUGGGCCCAUCCCUGCCUACCUCUUCUCCUGGACCAGCUUGGUUGUCAUGAAGCCGUCCUCCUUCGCCAUCAUCUGCCUCAGCUUUUCUGAGUACGUGUGUGCGGCCUUCUACUCGGGCUGCCAGCCUCCCCAAGUGGUCGUGAAGUGCCUGGCUGCUGCUGCCAUCUUGCUCAUCACCACAGUGAACGCACUGAGUGUGCGGCUCGGGAGCUACAUCCAGAACUUCUUCACGGCGGCCAAACUAGUCAUCGUGGCCAUUAUCAUCAUCAGUGGCCUCGUUCUCCUGGCCCAAGGAAAUACAAAGAAUUUCGAAAAUUCCUUUGCGGGCACACAAGUCUCUGUGGGCGCCAUCAGCCUGGCGCUCUACAAUGGGCUCUGGGCGUACGACGGGUGGAAUCAGCUCAAUUACAUCACAGAAGAACUGAGAAACCCCUACAGAAACCUGCCCCUGGCCAUUGUCAUCGGGAUCCCGCUGGUGACGGUGUGCUACGUCCUCAUGAACGUGUCCUACUUCACUGUGAUGACCCCCACGGAAGUCCUGCAGUCCCAGGCGGUGGCAGUGACCUUCGGUGACCGCGUCCUCUACCCGGCCUCCUGGGUCGUCCCGCUUUUUGUGGCGUUUUCGACCAUCGGUGCUGCGAAUGGGACGUGCUUCACAGCGGGCAGACUCAUUUACGUCGCAGGCCGGGAAGGUCACAUGCUCAAAGUGCUGUCGUACAUCAGCGUCAGGCGCCUCACGCCCGCCCCGGCCCUCAUCUUCUACGGCAUCAUAACCACCAUCUACAUCAUCCCUGGUGACAUAAACUCCUUAGUUAAUUACUUCAGUUUUGCUGCAUGGCUGUUCUAUGGUCUGACAAUUAUAGGGCUCGUUGUGAUGAGGUUCAAGAGGAAAGAUCUGGAAAGACCCAUCAAGGUGCCCCUGGUCAUCCCCAUCCUGGUGAUCCUGAUGUCUGUGUUUCUGAUCGUGGCCCCGAUCAUCAGCGAGCCGGCAUGGGAGUACCUCUACUGCGUGGUCUUCAUUUUCAGUGGCCUCAUCUUCUACUUCCUGUUCGUUCACUACAAGUUCGCCUGGGCGCAGAAAAUCUCAAGGCCUGUCACCACGCACCUGCAGAUGCUGCUGGAAGUGGUUCCGCCAGAGAAAGACCCCGAGUAGCCAGUCCACCAACGGGAGGAAGUUAAUUUGUAAGCAACAUGUGUGGUUAUUACUCCCGGACCUUUUUAAGAAAAAAAUGUGUUCAGAUGUUUUCACAGUAUUACUUUUAGACCUCUUAGUUCUCUGGGAUGGGUUCCAGGUAGAAGUGACAGUGACAGGCAUUUGUUGUUCAGAGGUUCUACGCAAAGGCCACCAUGCUGGGGGCACUGUUUGAAAAGGACAUGUCACAUUUACUUAAAAGGGUGGGGCUGGGGCAGAGAGCUUUGCCUGGCACGUGCAGGGCCCUGUGUUCCACCCCCAGCGCUGGAAAACAAUAA